UUCCAGCGGCGUGGGAAGAUCCUAGAGUCGUAGAAUCAUAGGGUGGUUUGGGCCGGAAGGGACCUUUAAGAUCACCUAGUUCCAAUCCCCUGCUAUUGGCGGGGACGCCUCUCUCUGGGCCAGGUUGCUCACGGCCCCGUCCGGCCUGGCCUUGGACGCCUCCAGGGAGGGGAGAGCAUUUCCAGUGUACGGGGCCGACGCUGAGCGCUGGUGUCUGAGGAGAGAAACAAAUGCACGGCGAUCUGUCUUUGCUUACUGCGUUUGAUGGACUGGAAAAGCGAACUGUAAAACAUUGGGGUUUAAGCUUAGCGGUGUUUUUUUCAGGUCUCAGAUUAGGUGGAGUUAUGUGAAAGCUCCGGCGUUUCUGUAGCUUCUCUGCUAGUUUGCAUCCCCUUUCUGAACAUUAAAAAAGAAAAUAACAAUGCAGUCUUUUGUAUUGUGCUUGGCAUUAUCACCCUAAAGUUCCGAAGCAGUGCUGUGACAUGCUGAUGUAACAAACCUGAGGAGGUGUGUGUUUGACUCAGCCUUGUGGGCUCCAGCUUCUGAAGUGUUCUUAAAUUUCUGGAUUAAACUUUCAGGUGUAGACAAAAGGAGUGAGGCUAACUCUGGUUAGCAGAGAUGAGUGCGUGCAUUGCUGCCCUCAUCAGGGAAGUGAAGCAGAAUGCCAGCACUAAGCUGUAGGUUCUACCAGCAUAAGUUUCCAGAGGUGGAAGAUGUAGUGAUGGUCAAUGUUCGAUCCAUCGCUGAAAUGGGUGCUUAUGUCAGCCUGCUAGAAUACAACAACAUCGAAGGCAUGAUCCUUCUCAGUGAGCUGUCCAGAAGACGUAUUCGUUCCAUAAACAAACUCAUCCGCAUCGGAAGGAACGAAUGUGUCGUGGUCAUAAGAGUUGACAAAGAGAAAGGUUAUAUUGACCUGUCAAAAAGAAGAGUUUCUCCAGAGGAGGCAAUCAAAUGCGAAGACAAAUUCACAAAAUCAAAGACUGUGUACAGCAUUCUUCGCCACGUUGCUGAGGUGUUGGAGUACACGAAGGAUGAGCAGCUUGAGAGUCUGUUCCAGAGGACUGCCUGGGUAUUUGAUGACAAGUACAAAAGACCGGGAUACGGUGCUUAUGAUGCAUUCAAGCAUGCAGUCUCAGAUCCUGCCAUCCUGGACAGCCUAGAUCUCACAGAGGAGGAGAGGCGUGUGUUGAUUGACAAUAUUAACAGACGUCUGACUCCACAAGCAGUCAAAAUCCGAGCUGAUAUCGAGGUUGCAUGUUAUGGUUAUGAAGGUAUAGAUGCAGUGAAAGAAGCUCUGAGAGCAGGAUUGAACUGUUCCACAGAGAACAUGCCCAUUAAAAUCAAUCUGAUAGCUCCUCCUCGGUAUGUGAUGACUACUACAACACUGGAGAGAACUGAAGGCCUCUCUGUUCUGAAUCAAGCCAUGGCUGUCAUUAAAGAGAAAAUUGAGGAGAAGAGAGGAGUCUUCAAUGUGCAGAUGGAGCCUAAAGUUGUUACUGACACAGAUGAGACUGAGCUUGCAAGGCAGUUGGAAAGACUGGAGAGGGAAAAUGCUGAAGUGGAUGGAGAUGAUGAUGCUGAGGAAAUGGAAGCAAAAACCGAAGACUGAAUACUCUGGGAUAUUUAGAAGAGAAAGCAUAUGAAAAAUUAGAGACCCCAUUGCAAACACUCUGGACUAAAUGUUUCCAGUAUUGAAAACUUCAAAUGCAAAUACUUGAAGUAUGUUACUGGUUUUAAAAGACCAAUAAAGCAUCUCCUGAGUAACAUUUGAUGCAGCAACUUACAAAUUGAAUCCUUCAAAAGAAAGGUGCCAAGUGAUAUUCAAGACACAAAUCUCACGACCAGAGGGAGGCUGCAGCUCCAUAUUUAACACUUACGUACAUAACAAUUCCAGGUUGGUGAUUGCAGCUCAGUUAAUGAUGUCUUCUAUAAGCACGAAAACCACACAGAUUGAACAGUUCUAUACAGGAUGUAUUUGAGCAAAUAUCCAAUAAAGUUCUGGGCUAUGUAACCUGAA